UCUUUCAGGGCAACAGCUUGCGGAGCGGCGACCUUCCCUACUAUAAACAACCUUUAGCGCGAGAUUAACCGGCAUUUCGUCCUCGCAUUGCGUAACUGCUCUUUACCGGGUGCCGUUUAGUUAUAUUUAAUUAAAAAGUGUGUAUUUGUGAAGGUAAACACGGGAUAUGGUUCAUAAUAAAGCGCAGGAUUCACGUCCUUUCUGGUAGGCAGCAGGUUUAUAGAGCCUUGCAGGGGGCAGUGGGUUGAUCUGCUGGGCGUGAAUGACAGAAGGAAGAAAGGAGAUCGUAUCGUUUGCUUUGUGCCUCUUGUGUGUGAAUAAUGUACAGUGAUGGUGCCUUCUCAGACCCACGUGAUGCUCAAGUGGCAGGAGCACCUGAACAGCUCCUGGGCGGCGGAGGACAGCGUUCAGACCGCCACACGGCACGGAGCUGCUGCUCUCUAUGCAAAACUGGUCUACAACAAAGAGGUUGUGGGCUUGGCUCAGCCAGUGCAGGACCUAAUGGGUCCACGCUUGCCCGACUUCCAGUACGAAUCCAGCGCUGAGGAGGAGAAGGAGGAAUAUCUGUCCGCACUGCUCCACAGUCAGCGAUGCCUGGCCCACCGCAUGCUGGCGAGGACCCCCUUUGCCCUAUCCCUGCACCACAGACUGGUGAUCCUCCAGAGGGUGUUCUACGCCCUCCAUAGCAAGUAUCACGACCGUUUCCGAGCACCGCUGCCUCCCCAACCCUCAUCCUCCAGUGCAGAAGGGGGCACUCUGGAGUCAGUGUCUGAGCCUUGGCCAACAGGCAGUUCCCGUUCAAAGUCGGGCACAGAUGUUCUAAUUGAAAUGGGAGUCCGGACUGGGUUGAGUCUCCUUUUUGCCCUACUGAGGCAGAGUUGGCAGAGGGGGCAUCUUGAGAACCCACCGGACGUCGCUCUGUGCAACGAGGUACUGGCCACCGCGUCUUCAGUCCUGGCCGCCCUGCCUCCUCUUUCCUUGGCCAACGAGAACAAGAUCCCGACAGUGGGGCUUGACUGUCUUAUGCAGGUUGGAGACUUCCUAAAGAAGACGGCGGUCAGUGGGUCCGGGGCGGAUCGGGCGGGUCGCAGGCUAUCCCUGGAGCUCCUUCUCUCGUUAGCCUUACAAAGAGGAUCCUUGCGCUUCCUUCUGGAGUGGGUGGAGGUGGCGUUGGCCGCCUCCGCUGCCUCCACCACGACUGAAACAGUUGGAGUGGGCUACGAGCUGAUCCAUCAAACCCUGCAACAGAUGCGCCAGCACACGGCUAUUCGUGGUGAAUCCAUCAAUACUCAGGUGCUGAAGAAAGAUGCAGAUGGACUCUGUAGCCUCUCGCAUGUUGCUCUUUGCCUCUUUGAAGAGAUCUGCACCCUGGCCUCUAACUGCCUGUGCUUAUGCAGUGCGGGCUCUUCCUCUUCCUCCGGCUCCGAAAUUGAUGCCGUCAUGGUGUACGUGUGGGGCAGCAACAGCAGCCAUCAACUCGCCGAGGGAACGCUGGAGAAGAUUUUACAGCCCAAACUGGCUCAGGGCUUCAGCGAUGCACAAAUGAUUGAGGCAGGCCAGUACUGCACGUUUUCUGUAUCUGCUGAUGGUGCAGUGAAGGCUUGUGGGAAGGGUAGUUAUGGUCGAUUGGGACUGGGAGACUCUAAUAACCAGUCCAUGCCCAAAAAGCUGGUUCUGGAACCGCCUCGUACCAUGAGGAAGGUGUCGUCUUCCAAGGGAUCAGACGGACACACGCUCGCCGUCACGGCGGAGGGAGAGGUGUUCAGCUGGGGAGACGGAGAUUACGGCAAACUGGGCCAUGGGAACAGCGCCACACAGAAAUACCCCAAGAUUAUACAAGGCCCUCUUUUAGGAAAGGUGGUGGUGUGUGUUUCUGCUGGAUACAGACACAGCGCCGCGGUGACUAAUGACGGAGAGCUGUACACCUGGGGGGAAGGCGACUUCGGUCGACUCGGUCACAGCGACAGUCACAGUCGUAACAUGCCCACUCUGGUGAAGGACAUCAGUGGGGUCGGGCAAGUGACCUGUGGCAGCUCUCAUACCAUUGCUGUGGCUCAAGAUGGACGAAUCGUCUGGUCCUUUGGAGGAGGAGACAACGGUAAACUGGGACAUGGGGACACAAACCGUGUGUACAGGCCUAAAGUGAUAGAAGCCCUUCAUGGCUUCAUUAUCAGAAAAGUGUGUGCUGGGAGCCAGUCGUCACUGGCUUUGACAUCUGCUGGCCAGGUGUUUGCAUGGGGCUGCGGCUCGUGUCUCGGCUGCGGCUCGUCUGAGACCACCUCACUCAGACCUCGAUUAAUAGAGGAGCUCAGUAUUACUAAAAUCAUAGACAUUUCCUGUGGAGACAGCCACUGUCUCGCUCUGUCUCACGAAAAUGAGGUAUUUGCUUGGGGCAACAAUGCCAUGGGGCAGUGUGGGCAGGGCCAUACCUCAACGCCAGUCACCAAACCCAAGAAAGUGAUUGGUUUAGAAGGGGUGUCAAUACAGCAGAUUACUGCAGGCACGUCCCACAGCCUGGCCUGGACAGCGGUUCCUACAGACAGGCAGCUGGUGGCUUGGCACAGGCCAUUUUGUGUGGAUCUCGAGGAGAGCACGUUUACAUACCUGCGCAGUUUCCUGGAGCGUUACUGCGAUAGUAUCAGUGGGGACACACCACCUGCACCUUUCCCCUCUAAGAGGGAACAUCACCAGUUUUUGUUGUUGUGUAUGAAACUGUUAUCCAUCCACCUGUCGCUGGCCCACGCAGGGGGAACGGGGGCCACAGUGCUGGGUGCUCAGGGUCGGCCCCUCAGGAACCUGCUCUUCAGACUCAUUGACUCUAAUGUACCAGACUCCAUACAACAGGCGGUAAUGAGCACGCUGUCCAUCGGAGCAUCUCUGUUGCUGCCUCCUCUCAGGGAGAGAACGGAGCUGCUGCACUCGCUGUUACCACAGGGUCCAGAGAGCUGGGAAAGCCUCUCUAAAGGACAGCGUCUACAGCUGGACAUGGUGCUGAACAGCCUGCAGGAACAGAGUCAUGUGGCAUCCCUGCUGGGAUACAGCUCACCUGGGGAGUUGAGUGCAGGUCUGGCACUGCCGCCCACCCCUGACCGCCCCACAGGAAGUGUUAGCUCAGGCUCAGAAGCUCCAGACCAUCUCCACCUGGCUGAAGUGCUCCUGAAGACCUUGCUGCUCAGCAUUGGCUUCUAUACGGAGCGUGCGUUUGGUGAACUGGAGAAGAACAGUGAUAACAGCCAGAAACAGACGGAGGCUCCAUCACACUUCCACCACCUGCUGUCAGCCCUUCACAGACACUUGCUGGCCCACUGCUACAUCCACACAGGCGCUGAGGAUGACAGUAGCGUCGUGCUGCUCCAUAAGCACCUGUGCCUGCUGCUGCCUUACGCAGCCGAAACCUUCAGGAGAUCCACCAUCCUUCUGGAGGAGAGCACACUGGACAAACACGUCAUCAAGAAACUGCACACUGUGCUGUUUGUUUCGGUGGCGGGCAGUCUUCUGUGUCAGGUGAUGUACUCUCUGCUCCUGUUGCCAUUGGCUGUGGUCAGACCCCUCCUUCCUCACCUGCUCACUCUGCUUGAACAUCUCAACGAGCUCAACUGUUACCUGCCCAACACUGCGCACCUGGAAGACAUGGAGCUGGAAGGAACCUCACAGGAAGCAUCUGAAACCUCUGAGCCAAUCACAGCGUCAGAGUCAGAAGACUGGGCAUGGCUACUAGACCUGGAGAGGUCUGUGGCUCUUGCCAUUGGUCGAUGCCUGGGAGGUAUGCUGCAGGGCCCGCCCCCUUCCAUCCAGGAGAAGACAGCAGAGUUCUGGCUGUGUAACCCACUCCUGAAAAACGGGCUGGAGAUAGACUUUGAACAACUGGACUGGGCAAUGGGUUGGCUGACUGAGGCUGUGUUCAUGGGUUGCGGAGACGUGAGACUAGCCGAGCUGCGGCUGUCGGAAGAUAACACAACGCUAGUGGACCUCGCUCUUGGCUCCCCACGAGAACCUGCCAGCGCCCUCUGGAGGAAAAUGAAGGAGUUUGCGGAGAGUCAAGACUGGGACAAUAGUGGAUCAGUGGGAGACUCUGUGUUAGAGACGGCGUGUCGCUGUAGUUUGGCCGCUCUACUCAAACAUGCCGGCCUUAAUGAAGCCUACUGGCAGGAUAAUGUCAGUGCCUGUCUCUCUCUGUGCUGUGAGAAAUCUCACAUGAUAAAUUCCUCAGCCAUAAAGACUCAUGCUUCAUUGGGCUCUCAGAGCCCCAGUGAGGAGAGGCAGGAAGUGGGCAGCUCAGGAGAGCAGACAGGAAGAGACACAGAUCCCAGCAGCCAGACACCACAUGCUGCUGAACACAACCAGGACGAUCCCUUAGAGGAGGAGACGCCCAGCAUCAGCAGUAUGUACCUGCCGGAGGUGCUGCAGUGUUUCCUGGCCACCCGUGAGGCCAUGCAGCUCCAACAGAACGAGACUGUGUACGAGUCGUCUGGCACCAGCACAUUGCCCAGCAGCACUGAGAGCCCUGGGACGCCAGACAGGGAGCCCCCUCAGCGGCCCUGGGACCACCACAGCACCACUGACCAGGGCCUGCCCUUCCCAGCAGCCUGCCACCUGCUGGUUUCACGCUGCCUCUUCCUGUUGCUGGGGGUUCGAGCUGCUUGGCAGGAGGAGAGUGUGUUGUCACAGACACCUACUGAGAGCAGCUUGGCCAGAUCUCCACCCUACAAUGAGGCUUUAGGAACAAAGAUGGAUAUACAGUCCUCUUCUGAGAGAAGUUUCAGUGAGAGGGAGACACCAGAUCAGUCUAAAAGCUCCUCAGGGACAUUCAAGAAUAAAAUUGGCCUUCCUCUCUGUUCUUUGGGCAUCAUGAAAGAUGCCUGGGAGCGUCUGCGGCAGUGCAUCAGUCCCACUACCGUGCUAUGCCCAGGUGGAGGUGGCACACCCGUCCUGGGCCAGGUCUUCCAUUUCCUUUGUGGGAGCCUCCACCGAACCUCUUCUCUGAUGGACAAAGAUGGAGUUGCAAAUGUGGAUCCCAAAGCCAUCACCGUAGCCAUGGCACAGCAACACCAAAGAGCUCAGGUGCGUUUGGAGGCCUUGUGUCAGAUUUCCUCCUUUCUGUCAGAGAUGGAGGAAAAGAACGUCAGCUCUCUGGUGCCUCCUCGUUUUCCAGGCCUCCUGCAGUCAGUGCAGCUGCAGUUCCUCUCUGGCUGCUUUGGUCUGGGUGCCCCAAUCACCGGCAGUCUAGCGGCACCUAACAACAAGAUUCACCAUUACACCGGUGGGACUCAGUCGGCUCCUAUCAGUAUUCAGAGGGAGUUACAGUCUGCGGCUCACACACUGUACCAGCAACUGGUGCGUGUGCUCAGACAGAAGGUGGCAUUAGAGAGAGAACAGGCUGGCUCUUAUCAGCACCUGCUGUUAGCUACAGUCUUCACUCUGAACUUCCACUAUCAGCCGGUGGAUCUCGUGGUGAUUAUUAAAUGUGGCGUCCUGGAGAUCUUGUCCACACUGACUGAUAACGCCUGUGUGCUGGUGAACCAGCGCUGGCUGGCCGCCUCCAUGUCCGGUCACAUGCAGCUCGGUGGGGCAGUGAAGCUGGCCGCUGCCAGACUCCUGCAGAUAUUUGCCAUAGCGGCCAGUUCCUGUGAAGAUGCCUUGCCAUUGGAAGUGUCCCAGGCUCUCAUGGAUGUAAUGAGUGAGCAGCUGCAGGGAUUGUUACAUGUAGUCUACCAGCAGGAGGUGCUAGGGAGGGAUUCCACAGAGCACAUCCAAGAAGAAACAUCUAAAAGUGCAGAUGUAGUUCGUAGCAGCAGGGUUGUGGAGUCCCAGCUCGCUGACUUUCUAGUCUUCCUAAGACGCAUUUUGUCACUAAGGGUCGCCAAAAGAGUCUCAGCAUUUGUGAAGUGGAUUGAUCCACUGAUGACAAUUAUAUCAUACAAAUGCAGCUCUGGAAAUUCACGCUUUCACAACCUGCGGACGAAGCUGCUGGCCUUCCAUAUUUUGGAAGCUCUUCUUCCUGCCUGUUCAGACCCUGUUGUCAUGAAACAAAUUGUCGAUCAAUUAUUUAGCCUUUUGUCCACAUACAUGUGGGAAGAACCUCUGGCCCUGAGAAAAAACUUAGAAAAAGAGAGAACUUCAGAGAACUCAAAUAGGGACAGUGGAAGUGAAGAUGAAUGUAUUCCUAUUGGUGAUUUCUCUUUUGACCCACAUAAACUGAUCUGUUGUUCUCUGGAGAGCGGGAAUGUACUCUCUCAUGGAUCGGGAGGAAAAGGGUACGGUUUGGCCACCACCGCCAUCACAUCUGGAUGCUUCAUCUGGAAGUUUUAUAUUACUAAGGAGAACAGGGGAAAUGAAGGGACAUGUAUCGGAGUGUCCCGAUGGCCCAUCCGGGACUACAACCAUCGCACCACCACAGACAUGUGGCUGUACCGGGCCUACAGCGGUAGCCUGUAUCAUGGAGGAGAGCUAGGCCGAGCUCUGCCCUCCUUCACCCAGGGUGACACCAUCACCUGCAUCCUAGAUAUGGAGGCUAGAACAAUUUCCUUUGCCAAAAACAACAGGGAGCCCAAACUAGCGUUUGAAGGAGUGGAUGCCACAGAGCUCUACCCCUGUGUUCUUUUCUACAGCAGCAACCCAGGAGAAAAGGUGGCGCUGUGUGACCUGCAGAUGCGUGGCAUGCCUAGCGAUCUUCUCCCAGGGGAGCCCUUGUGCAGCCCAAGGGCCACGGUUCUGCUGGAGUCCACCAUUCAGCUGCUGAGACAACUGUACAUGAACGAUGACUGGGUUCAACAUAUCAACCAGCACAUGCUGAACAGACUACAGCUCAUCAACCCUCUCAUGAGGGAGGGACAAGGCAAGAUAGCAGGUCAUGCUAGUAAGGAGUUCGAUGAGAAAUGUGGGGUGAACAGAGAGAGGGGCUUUGCUUGGGUAGAUGUCGGGACGUCGACAGACCACCUCUCUGGCCCAGCGGGGCUCUCUGACGGCCAGCUCAAUAUGCUGUGCACUGAAGUCUGGCCUGUCAUGGCCCUCAUCGGAGGGGUGGACAGCGGUCUCCGUGCUGGAGGGACCUGCCUGCACAAACCCAGUGGUCGACGGGCGACCCUGCUCGGGGUCUUGAAAGAGGGAAGCCCCCUGGCUAAGCUUCAGUGGGAGGAGACAGAUUUUACUGUGAGCUUCCUGAAUUCUUGGUCACCCAGCGACACGCCUCUCUCCUCCCUGGAGCCGUGUGAUGUCCCCCAGCUGGACAUGUCCCGCUGCUGUGGCCUCAAGCCAUCCGUGUUGUUCGACCUCAUCCUGAUGACUGGCAUCUUGGAAGAGCAGGAGCCUCCUUCCGGAUCAUCCGAAACAUCUGGAUUGCCACGGAAUCGGAUCAGCUCAGAGGGCGGCCCACGUAGCGAGCUGGAGAGACGUUUGGAUGAGGACAUUGCACGUAUUAUGAUGGACGAAGAGGGAAUGAGCUGUCCGGUGGAUGAAGAGAGAAAUAAAGUGGAAGAGAGGAGACAUGAGAACCAAGAUGACACGUUCAGACCCCUUGUACAGUCAAACGAGGAGCCUGCUGGCACCCCCUGUCCACCAAUUCUCGCACCACAACCCAGGGUGGACUUUUUUGCUUUGGAACUACGUGCAGUCCGCAUUUCCUACCUCCUCUUGGGGGCGCUAAAAUCUCUGGCUGUCAUUCUGAGCUGCGGGAAGUUCACUGAUCUUCUCCUGGUUCCCAAAUCAGAUGCAGUGGUCAAUGUAAGUAGCCCCGACCCAGCGAGGGCCUCUGCUGGAGGGGAGGAGAAUGCCGAGCUGCGCUCUGUGUUGCAGUUUGUGGUGCGGAGCAUGGUGAAGUGGGCCGUCAGACCCUGUCCGAUCAAACAGGCCAUGGCUUUAUCAGACCUUGAGAGGGCCCAGAUCAUCAUCUUUAAAGGAGUGUUGAGCAGACUGCAUGAGGAUGGAAGCAAAGAACGCAAAGAUUCAGGAGGGCACCCGUCCUCUCAGCCCGUGUCCAAGUCCUCCAGUUCAGUGUCGCUUUACAGCAACGGCUCUGAAGGCACUGCCAUCUUCGGCCAAUCAGCUUCACCCUCCACCAAUGACCUCACAGCCUCGCUCCUCACCGCCCUGCAGGCUGACGGCCUGGAUAACUUUAACCCUUUUCUGCCCAUCAACCUGCUACAGCGGAUGGUGCUGGCGCGUUUUCCCACAUUGGCAGGUCUCGUCCACAGUCCGGUUCUGCCCCCCGGGCUCAGCCUGACGAGCUCAGCGUCCUGUGAGGGCUUCACUGAGCAACAGACCAGCUUCCUGGAGCCCUGCGGACAGACCAGGACCCCCGUGGAACAGCCCCAAAUGUUUGUCCCAGUGCGCUUGCUUGAAAUGGGCUUCUCAAUGAGACACAUCUACAGGGCCAUGGAGGCAGCAGGGGUCACUGGAGAGGUGGACUCACGCACCAUCGAGGUGUUGGCGAGCUGGAUGCUGGAACAUCCCAUCACAGAGGAGCAGCAGGCAGGAGAGGGCUCGUUUGCAGGGGGCGCCGCUGAUACGCCCUCAUCUGAAGGGCCAGAGACGGUCCAGUGCCCUGAGUCUCCAGCUCCUCUGACUGUACAGGAGAGUAGAGAACCCAACGAGAGUCUGUUGGCAGGUUUGGACUUGGUGGAGAGAGAGAAAUUCUUAGAUGUUCACCUCACCAGGAACAGACCUCCACCUGCGCGGAGGCAGCGGUCCGGAGUAAGUCAGAGAACUUCCUUCAGGAGAGCAGACUCCCCGUCGCCCAGUCCUGUCCCAUCGCUGUACAGACAGGAUGUGGGAGUGGCAGAGUGGCCAGAGCGGGCUGAAACGCACCCGUUUGCUGCUGAAGACGACUCAGAGCUGGGCUACAUGGAUGAUCCGUACCAGGAAGAACCGUAUGAGGAGCUGCUCACCCCAGAGUUCAUCACCUCUGAGAGGGACACGCUGUGGAUGGUAGAGGGAAGAGAAGAGCACCCAGAGCCCAAUGAGAUGGUGGAGUGUGAGCUGUGUAACACUCUCACCCUGCAGUUCAACAACCACAUGAAGCGUCACCACCCAGGCUGUGGUCAGAGCGCCGGUCGCCGUGGUUACCGCAGCAACGGGGCCUACGUGGACGGCUGGUUCGGAGGCGAAUGCGGAUCGGGCAGCCCAUACUACCUCCUGUGCACUGCAUGCAGGGAAAAGUACCUGUCCUCCAACCUGGGGGUUAUGAGCUCCAAACAGGACAGGGCAAGAGGUUUGGUGUCUGAUCUAAUUGGUCAAUUAGAUGGUACAUCAGAAGAUGAGUGGGAUCUAGGUAACCAGGAAGACUCGGACUCAGACCGGCUUACAGGUUUGGAGGACUUUGGGAUUCUUCUGAGACCUUUGGGUCUGAGUGAGAAGAAGCCCGUGCCCGACCCAAUCCCCUUCACUGAACACGACCCACUCGGAUCCCUCGUCAGUGGCUCGGUCAGCAGCAAUAACAACCUGCUUUACAAAGGUGUUGUCAGCACCGAGCUGAAGAGCUCCUCGGUUCCUCUGAGUCUCGGGGAGCAGGCAGCAUCCCUGCGGGAGCCCCAGGAGAGACUGUUGGCUCUAAGGAGAGUCACCUCCACCGCUCAGAUCCUGCUGGCCUACAGUAUGGUGAUGAGAGCUCUCUCACAGACCUCCACCAGUAGUUCGGUGUGUAAUCAGUCCAGUGGUCUGGAGGCUUUUGGUCUGGCUGACAUCCGUAUCCUGGUGCGGCUGAUGUGUCUGGCAGCGGGGGGGCGUGUCCACACAAGCGUGGACCAGCAGGGAGUGGGGCGUGGCUUUGUGAGCGAUCGCACAGACUCCGCCUUCCUGUCCUUCCUCAGCUCAGCUAUCGGCAGUUUAGUGUCCCACAGUCCUGCUGCCUACAGAGAGUUAGUGGACAUCUGCACUCAGGAUCUCAUGGCAGCAGCUACAGGGAUGAACAUCAGCGCUAUCACCGAUCCGCAGCAGAGGGUGAGGCAAAGCUCCGUCCUCAAGGGGGCGUCACAGGAGCCAAGAGAACUAACCCCGCCCACCUUCCUGGUCACACAGAGUCUAGUGUCUCUCCUGACAGAAAAAGGUGUCCGAUACCGUUAUAAUGUGGAAAGAAGUGAAUCCAGUGAAUCAAAGGAAGGCGGAAGCCCUCCACCCGCAGGUCCCCCACUCUCUCAAGCGGGGAUGCGGGUCGGGCCGCUGGAGCUGGCUAAUGCGCUCGCUGCCUGUGCCCUGUCGGCCAGGCUGACCAGCAGACACCGACAAUGGGCAGCACAACAGCUGGUCCAGGCCCUGGCAGUCUCUGAGAAAGACAACACCGCCAGACCCCAGACAUACAGCGACAUGGCCGGAGAUCUGCGCAAGUGUCCCAUCAAGAAGCUGGAAGGACAUCAGAACAGGGUGAGCAGCUGCAGCUGGAAUGCAGAACAAGGGCUGUUAGCCACCGGUGCACAGGAUGGGACAGUUCGACUGUGGGCCAUAACGCCAAACACAGCAGAACUACAGCACACACACACCUGCAGCGUCAGUGAGGAUGCUCAGAGCUCAGAUGGUUCAAUGGGAUCUCAUCUGCUGUCCGCCGUAUCGUGGAGCGCAGAGGGAACUCUACUGGCUGCCUUCCAGAACAAACUCCUCAACAUCUGGACCGUCAAUGGUACUCAGGCACACAUCGAGGCUCAGUCCUCCUGGGUCACUGCGCUCUCGUGGGUUCAGACCUCCACUCCGUUCUUCAAUCAGGAAGCCUGCAGUCAGGUCAGCCCUCCUGAGAGUCUGCUGGUGGGCCGGCUGGAUGGCACCCUCUGCUGGCUGGAGGUCACAGACGACUUGAGGGUGGAGCGAACAGAGCUCACUCACUGCUAUAGGAAAGAAGCACCUCAGUGUCUGGCCUGGUACAGUGUUGAUAAAACCUUUGCCGUGGGCUAUCCCGAUGGCAAAAUUCUCCUAGCCACAGCAGAAAACUACGAAACUGACCCGCCCAUUCUGCUAACAGCAUUUCCUGAGAGUGUAAGUGCACUCAGGUGGGACCCUACCGGACAUCUGCUGCUGUCUGUCGGCCGCUCUGAGGUGGUGAAGAUCUGGGGUCGUGCCAGCGGUGCGUGGGUCACCCUCCACUCUCUGUUCCACACGGGCACAGUCAACACGGCCGAGUGGUGCCCUCUGCCCGGGAGAGGGCCGGAGCCUCGUCUCAUGAUGGCAGUUGGAUGUCAAAAUGGCCUCCUGUAUGUGUGGACUCUUCCUCAAGGCGGCGCUAAUGUCUUAGUGCCCAAUUUCCUCACCCCAUCUACCAGCCAAGACAAGAGCAGUGCCAUCAAGCGGGGCAAUGCUAAAUGUGUGUACCGCCUGACUGGACACAUUACCGCGGUAAAGACCCUGUCUUUUUGUCCCAGUGGACUUGCACUGGUGUCUGGAGGAAUCGGAGGGGUGCUCAACAUCUGGUCUCUCAGGGAUGGUUCGGUCCUGCAGACUGUGGUUACAGGAAUGGGAUCUGUGGUUUGUACCACUUGGAUACCACACAUAGGGGUGACCGCUUGUUCUGGAAGAUCAAAGGAUGCUUUGCUAAUUCGCUGUACCCCAGACUGGAUUUCUCAGAAUCACGUUCUGGCCUCCUGCCGUUCCGUUCUACGAAGUCAGAGCAUUCUGGGAUUGAAUCGUGCCCCCUGCAUGGCUGUCUUUCUUGAGCGCCUUCCCACACUGCUUCAGGAGCAGUACAGCUACGAGAAGAGUCAUGUGAUGGCGGGCGAUCAGCUGACUCACAGUGCCUUUCUUCAGAGUCUGGCCACACUGGCCAUGGGUCUCUUCUUGGAUCAGUUACUGUGCCGUCAGCCCAGACCACCUCACCACAGCGGGACAGGGCCGGAUCAGGACGGGGCCCCUGGAUCCUUCUGCCCCUCAGAGUGGAACUGGCUUUCCAUUUAUUCAACCACAGUGAAGAGCGCAGAGGCAUUUGCUCGUGGCACCCCGUUCCCAGAAUCCUUCAUCGCACCUGAGUUCCAUCAUUCUGGAUCCACAGAGUUGACCAAACCACUGGACAACAGUAAAUGGACCUUCAUGAUGGAUGAACAGCUCAUGUCCUGGGCGACCAGCAGACCUGAAGACUGGCAGCAAGGUGGUAAAAGUGAGGUGUACCUGUGGGGUAACGGACGUCACGGGCAGCUGGCGGAUGCCGGGACCAGCGCGUCUGUGCCCACCCUCGCUCCCUCCCUCUCUCAGACUCAACAGGUUGUGUGUGGUCAGAACUGCACGUUCCUUGUUCAGGCUAACGGUACCAUUCUGGCUGUAGGGGAGGGCAGUUACGGACGACUCGGACAGGGUAACUCAGACGACCUCUACACCCCAACUGUCAUCUCAGCUUUACAAGGUUAUGUAGUGACACAGCUGGUGACAUCAUAUGGGUCUGAUGGCCACUCAUUGGCUCUCACUGAGACCGGAGAGGUGUUCAGUUGGGGUGAUGGGGAUUAUGGGAAACUCGGCCACGGGAACAGUGAAAGGCAAAGGCGACCCAAACAGAUUGAGGCUCUGCAGGGAGAGGAAGUGGUGCAGCUGGCAUGUGGGUUCAAACACUCGGCCGCCGUCACAGCGGACGGAAAACUUUUCACCUUUGGCAGUGGAGAUUCUGGACGCUUGGGUCAGAGGUCAACUUCGAACAAGAUGGUCCCGGAGAGAGUUACAGCGCUAGAUGGAUACCACAUUGGACAGGUGUCAUGUGGCAUCAAUCAUACUUUAGUCCUGUCAUCGGACGGCCUGACCGUGUGGGCUUUUGGAGACGGAGAUUAUGGUAAACUGGGUAUCGGACCAUGUACAGUGAAGUGCUACCCACAGAAAGUGGAGGCUCUUUGCAAUAAAGGCAUUAAAAAGGUUGGAUGUGGAACACAUUUCUCAGUGGUUCUGGCCAAAGAUGGACACGUCUACACAUUCGGCCAAGAGCGUCUGAUAGGUCUGCCGGACUCCAUGCUGAAGAAUCACAACCGGCCACAGAUCAUUCCGGCUUUGGAGGGCGUCUUCAUUGAGGACAUCGCUGUUGGCUGCGAGCACAUCCUUGCUUUAUCCAACACCGGAGACGUGUACGCAUGGGGCUGCAACUGUGAGGCCCAGCUGGGUCUGGGCCAUUCCAAUCCCGUCAAAGAGCCUACUCUGGUUACUGCUCUACAGGGCAAGAACAUCAGGCAGAUCUCGGCUGGACGCUGUCAUACCUCGGCCUGGACCACACCGGCUCUGUCAACCAGAGCUUCAGGUUGUUCAGGGAUACAGCUGGGUCUACCUCAGUCUGUGCCUCCGCAGUAUAAUGUCCUCAAAGACUUCAGCCCUGAAGUGCUAAACACCCGACUCAGAGUGCUGUACCACUUCUCUGAUCUUAUGUACAAGUCCUGGAGGCUUCUGAACCUCGACCCCCGCAGUCAGGUAAAUGCUUCCCGCUACAGCUCAGGUACCGCUGCCAUCGUGCAGGGCCAACUCAGAGGCCUGCUGUCCCCGAAAGUCAACACCCUUCCUCUCGUUCGCACUAUCGGCAGAACCAUGACGCAGGGAAAGACCUACGGCCCCCAGAUUACAGUCAAACGGAUCUCCACCAGGGGGCGCUCUAGCAAGCCCAUUUUCGUGCAGAUCGCCAAGCAGGUGGUGAACCUGAACCCUACUGAGCUGCGCCUGCCCUCCAGAGCAUGGAAGGUGAAGCUGGUCGGAGAGGGGGCGGAUGACGCCGGCGGUGUGUUUGACGACACCAUCACUGAGAUGUGCCAGGAGUUGCAGUCUGGUGUGGUCGAGCUUCUCAUUCACACUCCCAACAGCACUGCAGAUGUUGGUAGCAACACGGACAGGUUCUUGCUGAACCCAGCAGCAGUCUCGGAUGAUCACAUGGUGCAGUUUCGCUUCUUGGGGAUCCUAAUGGCAGUGGCCAUUCGAACCAAAAAGCCCUUGGAUCUGCACCUGGCGCCCUGGGUGUGGAAACAGAUGUGCUGUAUUCCGCUGGGAGCCGCCGACCUGGAGGAGGUGGACCUGCUCACAUACCGCUCACUUCAGGGCAUCUUACACCUGGACAAUAGCGUGAUCAAUGAAGAGAACUUCACAGUGAUGAUCCCUCUGGACUCGUUUGUGGCGCACAGUGCUGAUGGCACGUCGGUUCCAGUGAUUCCUGGUGGGCAUAACGUCCCUCUGACAUUCUCCAACAGGAAUGAUUAUGUGGAGAGAGCCCUGCACUACAGACUGCAUGAGAUGGACAGACAGGUGGCAGCAGUGAGGGAGGGCAUGUCCUCAAUCAUCCCAGUCCCGUUACUUUCCCUGCUCACGGCUCGACAGCUGGAACAGCUGGUGUGCGGCCUGCCCGAGGUCUCCGUGGAGAUGUUGAAGAAGGUGGUACGAUACCGUGACAUUACCGACAGCCAUCAGCUCAUUGGCUGGCUGUGGCAGAGCCUUGAGGAAUUUACCAAUGAGGAGAGAGUCCUGUUCCUGCGCUUCGUGUCCGGACGUUCCAGACUGCCAUCCAAUCUGGCAGACAUCACACAAAAAUUUCAAAUCAUCAAAGUUGAUCGGCCUAUGAACGGCCUUCCUACGGCCCAGACGUGCUUCUUUCAGCUGCGCCUUCCUCCCUAGCGCCUACGCUAUUCCAUUCACAACUGCCCCUCCAUAGACAUGGACAACUACAUGCUGUCACGCAACACCGACCCAGCGGACGCCUCUGACACCGAGUACUGACGCGACGCUCACAAAAACAGAUGCUAUUACGCUACAAAGCACAAAAUAAUCUCAUAAAUGCCUCCGGUUGCACUUCUUCCUCAUACAUGCAAUACAAUUCUCAGUCACUAAACCUCACGUACGUUUUACGUACGCUCUGCGGUACCCAGAAUGCACUGCAGAUGCCAGUUCUUCCACAAGGUCAAUGGGAGAAUAUUUAAGCAAUUAAAUUCUUUAUUUAUUCAUUUUCGUUCGUGUCUCUGAAUGUUGCAGGAAACUUCUUAAAACUAAAAAAUAUUACAAUACCGUUACAAGCGCCGUGCCUGGAAUAGUCGCAAGGUUUUUUCUCUUGGCGUUAGCGACAGAAACUGGGGUCAGUUCGUAGGUGAGCACUUGGCAGCUAGCUUCCUGGCCCAGUUUAUGCCAAAGGCUAUUAAACUACUGUACUGUAAUGUACACAAUACCUUCUGACUCGGU